AUGUUUCUUCAGUGAACUGUCGACUACACUUUUGGCAGAUAUGAGGGAGAUUUUGGUCUUCGCCUGAAAAAUCAAGUCCAUCUAACCCUCAGCUUGCUAAAAUAUCUUUAAUAUCCAUUUUAUUAUUAUUAAUUUAUCCCCCCAUUUUUUAUUUAAAUUCUAUCCAAAAAUGUAAUUUAGGAGGGAGAUUACCUUUUACUCUACUUAAUUGGCAUAUUGAGAUAUAAAAAUUUUUAUUGAAUAUACUAAGAACGGCAUUUAAUCACGCAUAUAUGACGUUAGCAAGCUUUUAUCCAAAGUCAGGCCAUAGUAGCACAAAUUAAUCGUAAUAUGACUUUCUUCGAAUUUUGAUUAUAUAACUACCUUGCCUAAUUAAAUACUAAAUAUUAAAAAUAUUUCAAUAUGAGUAUGGAUUAGAGUAACUAUUGUUCCUUGAUCCCAUCAGUUUAUUUAUGUUUUAAUAUGGUUCAAUUGCAUUUUAUUUAAGAUGAAAUUUUCUAUUGAUUCCAUCAAUGAAACCCAAACGAUUCGCACAUUUACUUGCUCAAACCAUGAGUGCUCUCCUUUAAAACUUGCCUUGACAAUAGCUUUUCUCUCAAUUUUCGGGUUUUAUCUAAAACAAUUCUGGACAAUUCUAAUAAUCGUAUAUCUCUGGCAAAAAUAUACAAAUGAAAUUAUUGAAGAAACUCUAUGUGUAAUUAAAGGAGUUGGCAUUCAAAUCACUGAAGUAAAGAGAAAUUGAGGCACAAGUCAUUUAUUUAUUGAAUUGAGUGACAUUCGUGAAAUCAUUAUUAAUGAAGGUCUAACCCCAUAUGAUGUGAUUACUUAUAUUGGAAUAAUUCUCCACAAACAUACAAAAUUAAUACUUCCUUUCAAGAAAUUUUCAAUUACCCAGGAUCAAGCCAAAGAAAUCUAUUUAGGUGCCAGAGAACUUUUAUUUGAAUAA